CCUAACUUUAUAGCUACUUUUAAAGAACUUCUCGUUUUUAAAGCUUAUAGAGAAUUUAUAUUAAUAAAGGUUGGUUAUAGCCUCGACGCCCGUAAUUUAGAGAUGACUAUAACGAUAAAGGUUAACGGGUUUUUUACCCUAAAUAUGCUAAAUAUAAGUAUAGCUAAAGCUAUACUGCUAUCCUCGUUACUAAUUAGUAUAGCCCGCGUUAUUAUUAUUUUUACCUAG